AUGGGUGUUGAGAGUUCUGCCCAUCAUGGGGAGAUGAUCAGCCCAGCUGGCGCUCCCCAAUAUUCCAGCCAAGAGUCUGUGGCUGCUAACAAGCCUAUGGAAAUUGGUGUUGACACCCCAGUUCCCCGCCUCACCCUGCGGGCAUUUGUUAUGGGUGCUUUCGUUUCUAUGGGUGGUCUUCUCUUCGGAUAUGAUACCGGUCAGAUCUCCGGUUUCCAGGAGAUGCCCAACUAUCUUGAACGCUAUGGUCAACUGAACGACGAGGGUAAAUAUUACUUCAGCAAUGUCCGCUCCGGUCUCAUUGUCAGUCUGUUGUCUAUCGGUACCUUGAUUGGUUCUCUGGUUGCUGCUCCUAUUGCCGAUAAGCUUGGUCGUAAAUGGUCUAUCACCUUAUGGUGUAUCAUCCUGAAUAUUGGACUGGUCGUUCAGAUCUCUUCCCCUGCCGGUAAAUGGGUUCAGAUGGUCAUGGGCCGUUGGGUGACUGGUCUUGGUGUCGGUGGUUGCUCCCUGCUUGUCCCUAUGUACCAGGGUGAGAGUGCCCCUCGCCAGGUCCGUGGUGCCAUGAUCAGUUGCUACCAGCUGUUCGUCACUCUCGGUAUCUUCCUUUCCUACUGCAUUAACUUGGGAACCGAGCAUCUCCAGGGCACUGAGCAAUGGCGGAUCACCUUGGGUCUUACCUUCCUCUUUGCUCUCGUUCUCGGUGGUGGUAUGGCUUGCUUCCCUGAGAGCCCCCGUUUCGAGUACCGUCACGGUCGUGUCGACAGUGCUCGCAACACCAUGUCCAUGCUCUAUGGUGUUCCCGAGAACCACCGCGUCAUCCUCCAGGAGAUCGAAGAGAUCCAGCAACAGCUCGACGCCGAAUCCCAGGAGCAGGUUUGGCACGAGUUCAUCACCGCUCCUCGCAUGUUGUACCGUAUUGCCCUGGGUAUGGUCUUGCAGUCCUUGCAGCAGCUGACUGGCGCCAACUACUUUUUCUAUUAUGGUACUACGAUUUUCCAAGGUGCCGGUAUCUCCAACAGCUUCAUCACCCAAGUUAUUCUUGGUGCGGUCAACUUCGGUACCACUUUUGGUGGUCUAUACAUCGUUGAGAACUUCGGUCGCCGCAAGUCUCUCAUUGCCGGUGCUGCUUUCAUGUUCGUUUGCUUCAUGAUCUUCGCUUCUAUUGGUCACUUCAUGUUGGACGUCGAGAACCCCGAAAACACCCCCGGACCUGGCAAGGGUAUGGUUGUUGUUGCUUGCUUCUUCAUCACGGCAUACGCCAUGACCUGGGGUCCCAUGAUCUGGGCUAUCUGCGCCGAAUUGUUCCCUUCCAAGUACCGUGCCAAGGGUAUGGCUCUGGCCACCGCCUCGAACUGGUGCUGGAACUUCCUCAUCGGUUUCUUCACCCCCUUCAUCACCGGUGCAAUUGACUUUGCAUACGGAUAUGUCUUCGCUGGAUGCUUGGCUGUCGCUGCCCUCGUCGUCUACUUCUUCGUUAUCGAGGGUAAGGGCCGCACUCUCGAGGAGCUCGACUGGAUGUACGUCAACAAGGUCACUCCCUGGAAGAGCAGCAACUUCGAGAUGCCUUCUCUUCGCGACCAGCAGCAUGGCGACCAGUACGGACGCAAGGAAUCUCGCUCUUAUCACGCCGAGAACGCAUAA